ACAAGAAGAGGUUUUUAGUGUCUGUCUUCUUCCUUAAGACGAUGCCAAGGGUAAAAGCAAAGUCAGAUAAUCAAUCAAUCAUUCUUCCCAAGGCCUGUCUCAAAGAAAUAACACAUAACUAGGUACCUUACCUACCCCCUUUUUUCCGCCCCCUUCUUUCAAGAACCUCGCAUCAAGCUUCCAUUAUUACAACCGCCAAAAUGUCCAUCUGCUGGCGAUCUAGCUACGUCGUCGUCCCCGGCUCCAGCACCGUCAACUACAAGUCCAUCAGCGAGAGCUCCGGAUCCGGAUCCGACACCCCGGACAGCCCCAAACCAAGCUCCGCCCCCCCCAUCCCCGGGCUGCCGACCCGCCGGAGCGAGCGCGCCCAGGCGCAAGAAUGCAAAGCCCUCGUCGACAAGCUCCUCCUGAACGUGCGCGCCCUGCCCCCCGGCGCCCUAUCGCCCAUCUGCCACCGCUCCCCGGAGCCCGUGUACUCCCUGCGCUGCCCGCGCGCAGAGUACAUGAUCACGCUGUUCAUGCAGGCGCGGAUCCAGGGCGCCGACUGCCUGGACCCGCUUGACGAUGAGUUCUGGGACUCGAUGAGGGUGGUAGCGGCCGAGGGCGUCUCGGACGAGAUGGAGGAUCUGCCUUGCCGCCGGUUCGCGGUUCGGUUUGUGCGCUUGCGCGUGGUGCGGCGGGGAAUCGAGAAUGCGGUGAGCGAUCUGGAGUAUUGGACUGAGGAGAGGAGGGAAUGAAUGAGUAGGAAAGGGGAGGGGGCGAGAGAGAUGAGAUGAGAUGAGAUGAGUUGAAAUGAGUUGAAAUGAAAAAAGAUGAAGAAAAGAUAGAAAGAUUAUAAGUGGAAAAAGAAAAAAGAUAGAAGUACUACUAAGAACCGCUCUCAUAUCACCCCCCAACACCCAGCAGUUUAUUUCCUUACCUUUACCUAGAGUAGCCAGCCAGCCAGCCAGCCAGUCAGUUAGUCUACUUACGCCCAUAGCAAGAGACGAAAGUAACGUGUCUCUGCCACAUAGCCAAGGCACCUAGGAACUGAUAAUGAAAAUCUC